GAAACUAACAGCCUCCUAGACCCAGGCAGCAGAAGAGGUAGAAGCUAACAGGUUUUGGCAGCCAACUCUGCCGCCUCUGGCUCUCCUGUCCCUGCCUGAGCAUCAUGAAGAAGCUCAGAAAGACCCGAGCCAACCAACUGGACAAGUUCAUCGAAGACCGCCUCCUGCCAGACAAGGAUUUCCGCACGCAGGUCAAUGAAGCCAUCCACAUCAUCUGCAGUUUCCUGAAGGAGAGGUGUUUCCAAUCGGCCCCCUACCCUGUUCGGGUAUCCAAAGUUGUGAAGGGUGGCUCCUCAGGCAAAGGCACAACCCUCAAGGGCCUAUCAGAUGCUGACCUUGUCAUCUUCGUCACCAGUCUCACAAGUUUUCGGGAACAGCUUCAGCACCGAAGACGAUUCAUCGAGGAAAUUAGGAAACAGCUGGAAGCCUGUCAAAGAGAGGAAAUAUUUGAAGUGGUGUUUGAGGUCCAGAAACGCCAAAGGAAGAAGCCCCGUGCUCUCAGCUUCGUGCUCAGGUCCCCUCGGCUCCUCCAGGGGGUAAAGUUUGAUGUCCUGCCUGCCUUUGAUGCCCUGUGUGAGCACUCCCAGUCACAAGGUCAGUUGACCAAAGGCUACAGACCUGACCCUAAAGUCUACGUCCAGCUUAUCCAAGAGUGUGAGUCCCUGGGGAGAGAGGGCGAGUUCUCCCCCUGCUUCACGGAGCUGCAGCGAGCCUUCCUGAAGGAGCGUCCAACCAAGCUGAAGAGCCUCAUCCGCCUUGUGAAGCACUGGUACCAAAUGUGUAGGAUGAGACGUGGGAAAAAACUGCCCCCACAAUAUGCCCUGGAGCUCCUGACAGUCUAUGCUUGGGAGCAAGGAAGCAUGGAAACAGAAUUCAGCACAGCUCAGGGAUUUCAGACUGUCUUGGAAUUAGUCCUGAAGCACCAGCAUCUCUGCAUCUACUGGGAAAAGUAUUACGACUUUAAAAACCCUAUUAUUGGACAAUACCUGAGAAGGCAACUUGCAAAACCCAGACCUGUGAUUCUGGACCCAGCUGACCCUACUGGAAAUGUGGCUGGUAAAGACCCAUAUAGCUGGCAGCUGCUGGCACAAGAGGUUAGAGUCUGGCUGGGGUACUCAUGCUGUAAGAAUUGGGAUGGGUCUCCAGUCAGCACCUGGAAGGUGCUGGUGUGACCUCCUGAUUCCCUCAUGUGACCUGAUAUUAAUGGCAUGUUGAAAGAACAACUCCUAGAAAUACUGCAUUAAAUCAAAUUGAAUUUCAUCUCUGUCUUUGUACUCUUUUACUGUGGUUACUAGAAAAUGUAAAAUUACACAUGUGUUCUGCCCCAGAAUGAAUCACUGGAUUAGACAAUAGGCUUACCAACUCACAUUGUCACCCCGUCUUGGUACCAAAAACAACAUUGCAUUUACAGAAGUCCAUUCAAUAAAAACUCCCUUAAGGAUGCACAAAAGAUCAAGCAUGUUCUUACCACCUGAGUCACUGGUCACGUGUGUGGCUGCGAAACAGUCUUUGGCUUCUCUAUAUUACUGUUCCUCCUUUGAGUCCUCCAGCAUCCCUGUGAGAUGGUUCUUAUUCUUGUUCUCAUAAUAAUACACUGAGAUUUGGGCACUUGCUCAAGUCACCAAACAUUCCAGCAGCAUUUGUUGAAGGGACCAUCCUUUCCCCACUGUUCUGUAAAAGCCACCUCUAACAUAUGUCCAGAGCCCGUCUGUGUGUGAGUCUGUGUAGUUCCAUUGGUCAACUUUGGCAUCCUUGAGUUAAUAGUACCUUGACUAAUUACUCUAGCCUGGUGUUAAUUCUUAAUAUCUUGUAGAAAACUCUGUUCUUAUCCAAACCAAUGUCUUCUCUUGGCUCUAUUUCUAUGUUAAUAUUAUACUCCGUUUGUGAAAUUUCACCCAAAAUACGGGGAGGCAUUUGAUUAGAAUUCCAUAAAUUAGUUCAGGGAAGAUGACAUCUAUUGAGAAUCCCAAUCCACAAACUUGGAGCUUCUUUCCAUUAAUUUUCCUCUUCUUGAAUUACUCUGUAACUAUGUUUUAUAGUUUUUCCCUGCAUUGGUCUUAAGUGUGUUUUGUCAUAUUAUUCCUAGAUACUUGUUUUUAUGGUAUUGUACUUAGUAGGUUUUCUUUAAUUUCAUUUUGUAAUGGUUGGUUUCAUGAAGACCUAAAUGUUUUCAGUGG